AUGGGUGUAUUGGGAUUAACAACUUACAUCAAUAAUUAUACUACAUGUCUAAAAAAUUAUGAUUUAUAUAAUACUUAUGUUGUCAUCGAUGGCAAUGCGGUUGCUUCAGGAUUAUACCAGGAAGGUGUAUUGGGUUAUAAUUGUUUCGGAGGUGAUUAUGACAAAUAUGCCCAUUGCGUGUCCACCUUCUUUAACGAUCUUCUUAAAUGCAAUAUAACGCCUUUAAUAAUAUUUGACGGAGCAUUCGAAGAUAAAAAGCUAGACACAAAUUAUAAGAGAAUGAAGGACAGAAUUAAUAUUGCAUCUAUUGCAAAUCCUGAAAGGCAGUCAAGAUCAGCAUUAUUUCCUUUAUUAUUUUUAGAUGUAUUUAAGUAUGUUGUAAAGGAAAAAUGUCUCAAAGUAACAAGUAGUUUAUUCGAAGCGGAUAACGAUAUUGCUUGUAUAGCAAAGAUUUUAGACUGUCCUAUUAUAAGUAAUGAUUCAGAUUUUUAUAUAUUCGAUGUCAAGUAUAUACCGUAUCGUACUAUAUAUUAUGGUACUACUAGAAUAGAAAACAAUUUUGUGAAAAAAUGCAAAAUGUUUACACUCGAUCAUUUUUUAGAAUGUUUUCCGGGCACGGACAAAACAGCAAUGCCUAUUGCUGCGUUACUUCUGGGAAACGAUUAUAUCAAUUCAACUAUGUUUGGAUAUUUUUAUAAAGAAAUAAUUAGCUAUCAACGAUAUAAAAAAAAUUUUAAUCCACGUCAACAGAAAUUAGAUACUGUUUUUAGAUGGUUGCAGCACGAAACUUUGCAAACUGCAGUUACAAAAAUAAUAGACGCAACUAAAAUAACAAAGCGUAAAGAAAUUAUUGCAAGUAUAGAUAUGACUAUAAGUGGAUAUGGUAUAUUAAUGCCAAGUUUGCUAAUUCCAUUAGGGCUUUCAUCGGACUUGUCUAAUAAAUUAGAAGACUUACCAAAAUAUAACUACGAAUAUCAAGAUGCGUUCAAAGUUAACGACAACAAAAUGUCAAUCCUCAACCUAAACUUAAUUUACAAUGAUAAUUGCGAUCUUAAUAUUACCGUACCAACAAAUAUAAGCAACAUUGUUAAAAUAAUUCCUUCCUGGUUUAUAAAAGACUUUAGUCAAGGAAAAUUUCCAUCCUACUUUGUUGACAUUUUAGAUCAGCAAAGAAUUAUGUGUCCUGUUCAGGUAGAAGAUUUCUAUGAACCUCCUUGUAUAAAUAUUGCUUUAAAAAUCAUUCAAGUGAUUUUCAAUUUAUUAGUAUCGAUGAUAAAGAAGAAUAGGCCUAGUGUAUUAGAAUAUAUUGGAAGAGGACGCUUCACCAACAUUAAUACAAAGACUUUAUUUUGCGAAAGUACCUGUUUAGAGAAUCUAUCUUCCCUCAUUGAAUUACGCAAUUCCUCUGUCACGGACAGACAAAAACUUUUAAAUCGACUAUUUGGAUGUUCGGAUGAAUUUAUAAAUCAAUAUCCACCGGAAUGGAAACUUUACAUGGGAGUUCUUAAGUACUGGUCGGAUGAAGCAGACAAAAAAUUUCGAACAAAAUAUCACAUAUAUACUUUGUUAUUUUCUAUGCUCUUUCAUAUUAUAGACAUGAAAAUUGGCUUUUUUUGUAGAAAACGAUCGACUUUUGAUAAUAAAUAUAGAACAUUUUUAAAUACGUAUAAAUUGCCUGAAAAUCGUAGGAUCAAGGCAUCACCUCUAAACAUGUCCAUGCCAAUAAGCGAGGCCUACAAUAGCGUAUACGAAGAAGAUUGUAUAUUAAUAAUGCCUUUUUUUUUAUCACAGUUUGAGUUUAAGAAAGAAUUUGUGAAAAAUACAAAAAAGUUUUGUGCAUCCGUAGUUCAUGCAUUUUCAUUAUUUCAAAUUAGUUUAAAAUAUAGUUUGAAUUUGAAUACUCUAUUGGACCAUCCUUAUCAGGAGACAGAUGUCGCAAAACUGUUUAAUGGCACUUUAACAUACAAUUUAUAUAACAAGUUUAAGGAACAUAAUGAUAUCGAUGAAUAUGUCAGUACUAUUCUGCAAAGAUCCCCGAGUCUUCUACAAUUUUUCUUUUCAAUUUUGACAUCGGUUAAAACUAUACUUUCGGAUAAACUUUGUUCUCCAGUUAUCAAUAAUAAUAAAAAGCAAACGAGACACAGAAAAAAGGACAUCGAUAAGUUAGUUAUAAAAGUUGACAAUUUGAUUGUUGAAGAUCAACCGUGUCCUCGGUAUAACGAUGAAAACAAUCGAUAUGCUGUAUUAAAUAAAUAAUGUUGCAAAUAAACAUCAUGUAUUUUU